GUUCCUCACCUCCAAAGAGCAGUUCCAUGCGUACCUGCGGGACAGGGGCGAGCCCCGCGGCCAGGGCGAGGAGGAGCAGGAGGAGGAGGGGGAGGAGGAGGUCGGCAUCGAGCCUCCCGCCAAGCGGGUGAGGGCAGAGAGCAUCGGUCGGGAUAAGGAAAGCCGAGAGGAUGCUGCAGCCGAGGAGAAGGAGGCCGCGGAGCGGAAGCGGGCGCGGGGGCAGAACAAGAGCAGACCCUGUGUGAAACCCAACCACUACGAGCAGAACCGGCUGUGCCCGUCCGUGACGCAGGGCUGUGCAGACAAGUGCUUCUUCGGGACGCGGUGCCGGUUCCUUCACGAUGUUGGUGAGUACAUGGGCCUGAAGCCACCAGACCUGGGCCACCGCUGUGUCCUCUUCGAAACCUUUGGCAAGUGCACGUAUGGGGUCACUUGCCGCUUCGCCCAGGCCCACCUUGGGGACAGCUUCCAGAACAUCAUCAACACGGAGCUGGCCAAGCAGUGGGAAGGGAAGGCGCUGGUGAGGAACAACCUCUCCAAGGAUCUCCAGCACCAGCUGCGCAAGAGGAAGUUCAGCUUCCAGAAGGCUGAGGAGUUCCUCCGUGGUCUGGCCAAGCCCCGUGGUGAUGGCAAUAAGGGAGGCAAAGCCACGGGGUGUUCUGCAGAGGAGCAAGAGGUGUCCAACUGCACAACACCCCAGGAGGGCAGUGGGGAUGAUGCCACGUGUCCUGAGGCUUCCUCUAUCCAAACAGUGGGUCCAGUGACAGAUGAAGAUGUGAUAAAACUACGGCCAUGUGAGAAGAGGAAGCUGGAAAUCCAAGGCAAGCUCUACUUGGCUCCACUGACCACGUGUGGUAACCUCCCUUUCCGAAGGAUCUGCAAGCGCCUGGGGGCAGAUGUCACCUGUGGAGAGAUGGCUGUGUGCACAAACCUGCUGCAGGGCCAGGCCUCCGAGUGGGCUCUCCUCAAACGCCAUCACACUGAAGACAUUUUUGGGGUGCAGCUGGAGGGAGCGUUUCCAGACACAAUGACCAAAUGUGCAGAGCUCCUGAACCAGACAAUUGAAGUAGACUUUGUAGACAUCAAUGUCGGGUGUCCCAUUGACCUGGUCUACAAGAAGGGAGGAGGCUGUGCUCUGAUGACUCGGUCCAACAAGUUUGAACAGAUCGUCCGGGGGAUGAACUCGGUGCUGGAUGUCCCACUGACCGUGAAGAUCCGGACAGGGGUGCAAGAGAAGAUUAAUCUGGCUCAUAAACUAAUCCCUAAGCUCCGGGAGUGGGGAGCAGCCAUGGUCACGCUCCACGGCCGCUCCAGGGAGCAGCGCUACACAAGGAGCGCUGACUGGGACUACAUAGCAGAGUGUGCUCAAGUGGCAAGCCCCAUGCCUCUUUUUGGAAAUGGUGAUAUUUUGUCUUAUGAAGAUGCAAAUCGAGCCAUGCAGAUGGGAGUCUCAGGAAUCAUGAUUGCAAGAGGGGCACUCAUCAAGCCAUGGCUUUUCACUGAAAUCAAGGAACAGAGGCACUGGGAUAUCUCCUCCAGUGAGAGAUUCGAGCUACUCAGAGACUUCACUAACUACGGCCUCGAGCACUGGGGCUCAGAUACUCAGGGAGUGGAGAAGACCAGGAAGUUCCUGCUGGAAUGGCUUUCGUUCCUGUGCAGGUACAUUCCCGUUGGCUUGUUGGAAUUCCUACCUCAGAAGAUUAAUGAGCGGCCACCCUACUACCUGGGGAGGGACUACCUGGAGACACUGAUGGCGAGCCAGAACGUGGAUGACUGGAUUAGAAUAAGUGAGCUGCUGCUGGGCCCCGUCCCCCCCAGCUUCACCUUCCUGCCUAAACACAAGGCCAAUUCCUACAGAUAA